GUUGUGUGAUUGGUAGGUGAUGUGUGACGAUAGCGGCAGUUCAUCUCUGUGCCGAGUGCAUGCUGUAUCCCUGAAUCCAAAAUAUGGACCAAAGCAACGAAGAUGGAAACUUGUCCCAGGUCCAGCAUGUUGUGCUGGUGCUGUCAGGGAAGGGAGGUGUUGGAAAGAGCACCAUCACCACAGAGUUAGCUCUGGCUCUCCGGCAUGCUGGAAAGAAGGUUGGUAUCCUGGAUGUUGAUCUAUGUGGACCCAGUAUUCCUCGCAUGCUGAAUGUGGGUCAGACCGACGUGCACCAGUGUGACUCGGGUUGGGUGCCGGUUUACACUGACGCCCAGAAGAGUCUGGCCCUCAUGUCCAUUGGCUUCCUACUGGAGGACCCAGAUGAAGCAGUGGUGUGGAGGGGGCCCAAGAAAACAGCUAUGAUCGGCCAGUUUGUGUCAGAUGUAGCGUGGGGAGAGCUGGAUGUGCUGCUGGUGGACACACCACCUGGGACGUCUGACGAGCAUUUGGCUGUACUGGAAAACCUUAAAAAACACAGAGUGGAUGGAGCCAUUUUGGUCACCACACCUCAGGCUGUAUCAACUGGCGAUGUGAGAAGAGAGAUCACUUUCUGUAAGAAGACAGGAGUGCGGAUCCUUGGCAUUAUAGAGAACAUGAGUGGAUUUGUUUGUCCACACUGCUCUGAAUGCAGCAACGUGUUCUCCAAAGGUGGUGGUGAGGAGCUGGCUAAACUGACCGGAUCAGUAUUCCUAGGUUCUGUACCCUUGGACCCUCUUCUCAGCACCAGCAUAGAAGAAGGCCAAGACUUUAUACAGUCAUUUCCUGACAGUGCCACCUUCAGCGCCAUUAGCAGCAUUUCUGAGACUCUGCUCAGCAGCCUCCAAACAGCUUGAGUCAGGAUUUUUUUUGUGUACUUGUAUCAUAAUGCAGAAGGAUGUCAUAUUAUAGAUGUGUCGCAUUUUUACCGGUAUAUAUAAACAUCAUAUACAAUUAUUUACCAACUAUGUUGUAAGUAGUCUCUCCCCAUACCACAACAGACUGUGUGUGGUUGUCUUUUAGUGCUGCAGUUGCAGUUCUUGUGGUGUGAAGAUUGUCAGCUCACCACAGAAUGGAACAGAGAGAGAGGACUACAGUAAAACAGAAACUCGGCUAAUCUUGUUUUGUAUGUAAUUUUGUAAUAAAAUGGUAAGUCAUGCUCUCUGCAUGACAUUUAAAAUGUCACAGUAAAAUAUGCAGCACUGAAAACACUACAUUUUCCUGUGUUUAGAAGCCAGUCAAAUCUAAGUUGGAAUCUUCUUUAAUUCAGUUGUGAAAACAUUCACGUCGACACAUCAGGAUAAUUUCAAUACCAGUGGUAAUACAGGAUUGUAAGAUUGGCGCUUCAGUAAAAUGCGUCAGCAGCAGUUCCAUUUUCAGAAAAUAAACUCCAGAUCAAAUUGGACCAGUCCUUGCAUGAAACUAGGCCAAACUUGCAUACUAAUCUCCCUGGAUUCCUACUGCAUGCUACAAACGAUAUGUUCCAUAGUGUCAAUUUUUUGGCGGGCAUAUGUGACAAAUCUUUUUGGAUCUGGAUUAAAUCUUCUGAAACUAGCCUGCUCUUCAGGUUCAUAUUCCAACAGCAACAAAACACUGAAACCCAUGCAGGAUUUUAAUGGCUGGAAUGCGGAAGAGAUGAAGUACAGCCACAGAUGAAAAGGGACGGGGUGGAAUAAGAUGGAGAGGAGAUGAAAUGUGGAAAAUUACACUUGUGAGACCCAACACGGGGCGCACACACCUUUAAUGCAAACAGCAGUACUACAGGAAAAACACUGAAGUUUGAGAAUGUUUGCGUAAUGAUUAGAAUACAGCUACACACAAAACUCCCACUCCACCAGCAACAUACUAAAGGCAGUCUUAAUUAUUAAACCAAGAAUUACAUCCAGAGGAAAUCCAACCACUUAUCACAAUUAACCCACAGUGCAUUAAAUCUAUCUAUAUAGAUAUUUAUAUGUCUGUAUAUAUAUAUAUAUUUAUAUAUAUGUAUAUAACCUGGGGAAUUAGAGACUUUUGCUGCAUUAAACAAUUCAAUGAACAAUUUCCUAUAAACAAAAUCAGUGGAAAAAAAGCUUUAGUCCAUACACAUUUCUCUUUACAAAUAGAUCCUCAAGAUUAAUGCAGAAAUUGUGUCAACUCCCGAGUUGAUAUGGGAGGAGAAAAAGCUGUGCGGCCCUUUGGUCAGCUCUCUAAGACCAGAGGCCAAGCUGCCUCAGCUGGCCUCAAAGCCUGAAAUAAGUGGAGGGAAAAAAGGAACCUUCAUCAUACAAUUGUUUUUUAACACACGCACGCACACACACACAC